AUGGGCUGUGUUUCAAGUAAACCAGCUGAAGAACCUGUUAAAGCAGUAUCACCUAGAAUCAUAUCACCAAGAAAAGGGCCCAUUUCCAAACUUGAAGGUGGCGAAGCCGCUUCCGACAUUAUCGAUAGCUUUGAUUUCAUCACAAAUGAAAUCAAUUCAAUACAGUGUCCUGGCGGUAUGGUUCCUAUUGCAUGUUUGAAUACAAGUAGUUUUGCAAUCGCGACAGCUAAUUUAGAAAUUUAUAAUAAUCAAGAUUCUGAUUUAGACAUGCCAAUUAUUGUGGCUUCAGUUGCACGUCUUGGCAGGCUUGUAUGUCUAGGCCAUGUUGGCAUGUUAUCUCGUGCAAUGAUGGAAGCAGAUGAUACUGCAUUGUUAUUUAAAAAUAUAUUCAAAUGGAUCACAUCUAAACAGACAUUAUUAUCAUCUGUACUUUUAAUAUCGCUUGACCAAUACGAGCAAGACCUUUCCAAAGAGUUACAGUUGUAUGGCUUUCGUGUUCAAAGUGGAGAUUUUGCGAAUAAUUUAUCAUUUUACAGCAUAAUUAUUCUAUCAAGUGAAGUAAAUCCAACAGAAGAGCAAAUCGAAAAAUUACGUAAAUUUUCAGACAAUGGCGGAGCAAUUAUAUGUUGUUACGUUCCUCCCGCAACAGAACAAGACGAAAUCAGCUUUAAUAUUAACGAAUUUUUACACGAAUACGGUAUAUCAUUCAUGGAAUGUUCAAUCAAUUCAGAGAAAUCAAAGCCAUUGACAGUAAUCAUCCCAUAUUCAUACAACGACAUCAAAAAUAAAUCUCUUCCUAUCCUAGUAAAGAAAUUUAAGAGUGUUUUGUCAUCUAGCAACUUAAACGUUGAAGAACUCGAUGAUAUUGCUACAGAAAUCAGAUACAUGGUCAUGGUUUCCAAGGAAUCCGAGAACAUGUACCUUCAAGAAAUCUUAAAUAACUGUUGGGAAUAUUUAAGAGCGAAUGACUACCACGACCAAUACAAACACCUUGUUCCAAACUUACUACAGAACAUUCUUAUUGUUCUUAUUAUAGAUAUUACCUCAAAACUCCCAAUAACAAUGUUAAAUAUUAUUCCAGACAGCGAAGUAUUCCCAGGAUUUGCCAAAAAGCAAGAUUCUGUAGAAAUGCAAGAAACCAUUGAGAUUAGACCGCAUCAAUUGAUCUCUACUGGUCUCUGA